AUGAUAGCUAGUAGUAGCAAUUUCAUAUCCUGCAAUUUCUCGUUUCUGAGAAUUUCAAACAAAUCUUGUUCAAGAAGGAUAACCCCAUUAUCAUCAUCAUUUGUUAAACCGUAUGUUUUUCAAAGAGCCUCCAAAUUUUCAGCUUUUUUGAACAAUUACGAGGAGAAGAAGAAGAAGGGUCUUCUCCAAAUAUGUCAGAAUGCAUUCUACGUAAGGACUACUACACAGGACCCUGUACCUGUUCCUUUGAAGGAAAAUGGUGGUCGGAGUGGUGGUAGUGGCGGCGAUGGUGGUGGUGAUGGUGGUGGAGAAGAGAGGGACUGGACGUCGUCGUUUUUGCUUUUUGCUUUCUGGGCUGGACUCAUGUACUACGUUUUCUUCCUCACACCCAACCAGACUCCGUCAUUGGACAUGUAUUUCUUGGAAAAACUCCUCAAUUUGAAAGGAGACGAUGGCUUCCAAAUGAAUGAAGUGAUUGUGGCUCUUUGGUACAUCAUGGGUUUAUGGCCUUUGGUAUACAGUAUGCUGCUUCUUCCAACUGGUAGAAGUUCAAAGGGAAAAAUUCCUGUUUGGCCAUUUCUUAUACUUUCAUGCUUUGGUGGCGCGUAUGCUCUUAUUCCCUAUUUUGUUCUCUGGAGACCACCGGCUCCACCUGUCGAAGAAACUGAGCUGAGAAGUUGGCCUCUAAAUUUUCUGGAAUCAAAAUUAACUGCAGGGAUUACAAUGGCUGCAGGGCUAGCUAUAAUCAUUUAUGCUGGUUUAUCUGGCGUUGAUGCGUGGAAGGAAUAUUUACAGUACUUCAGAGGAAGCAAAUUUAUACAUCUCACCUCUAUCGAUUUUAGCCUACUAUCAGCAUUCGCUCCUUUCUGGGUCUACAAUGACAUGACUGCUCGAAAAUGGGAAGGAAAAGGCUAUUGGCUUCUUCCCUUGUCACUGAUUCCAUUAUUGGGUCCUUCUCUCUAUCUUCUCCUACGGCCAUCGCUAUCAGCAGCUCCAGUUUCACGAAGCCCAACAAUAUUAGACGAUAAAUGA